AUGCGACCACUUUUGAUCUUCCUGGUCUUCGUCCUCGGGACCGUGCUCUGCACAAACAGCACCAAAUCAGCCAAGGAAGUGGCAGAGACUCAGAUGGCUCGGAUCGUUGCCGCUGCGAAGAAGUUAGACCUGCGCACCUUCAGUGCUCUCGUGAGGGAUCCCAGGAAACUCGGUUUAUAAUAACUCUGUGACAUAUGAAAUGACAUUUAAUUUCAGGAUGGGGAACAUGGGUGGCCAUGUUCAUCAACAUGGCCUACGAGAUAAAGAGUGCCACGUACACGUCGUACGGCAUCGAAGCACACAUGUACCUCCCGUCUCCGCUCACCGAGAACCAAGAGACCUAUAAGCUAUACGUGAGUAUUGGCUGUCGCCAUUGAAACAACUUUUUUUACAGCCGUCGGAAAACAGCCCCACUGAGUGGAUCCUCCAGCUAUACGAAGAGAAGGCCAACAACAAACGUUUCGUGAUUCGUGGAAAAAGAAGCUGGUAAUGUUUUGUUGAAAAAUAAAUAAAGAAAGAAUCAGGAAAAUUCGUCGUUGAAAUUGAGUCAUAUUUUCUGUGUGAAAGCACAAUCUAAUCGGUUCUCCAGUUCAUCGCGCCAAGAAGCUUUGUCAUCGUGCAACCAUUCGUUUUUCGUCGUGCAUCGUGCAACCUCCUUCCGACUCGGUUUCCCUCGUUGUGUUUUAUAGUUUCUGACGAGGUGGUCCGCAAUGUCAGGAUGAUAUUGUUUUCCCAGACAGUCUUCUUACAUUAAGAAUCGCGAGACUCUAAUCGAAGACAGAAGGCCCAGCAAUGGCAUCGCUCGAAUCCUCCGUCUAUUCCGAAACGAGUGUUAUUCAUCUUGUUUCAUUGUAAUAACCCAAGAAUUUCCAAAUUUCCUAAAAAAUGUCUUUCAAAAAUGCGGGUGAGUCAACCACCACGGAACGCGUCAGUUAUAUGCUUCUUGCGCACGUUAUUUAGAUAUUUUGAAUCUGGAGCGAGUCAUACAAUAUGACUCAUAUUCUCUCUUAAAUUUCCUAACUUUUACUAUUCAUUCUCUACGCGCGUCGGUAAAGUGUGCUUGAUCGAGUUGAUUAAAUCCGCCACAAUGUCAUUUCUUCCUCUCCCAGAACUCCGUUCUACUGCAUGAAUUUCAGCAUUUAUCGUUGUGUCGAAUUCGAGCAAACUGAUGACGGAGAAGGAAGGUUUCAAAUAUGGCAGGAUGAUUCAUCCCUGGCUCUUCAAAAAGACAGAUGUAAGUGGAAUUUUUAUGCAGGAAUGGAUGAAGAGAAGAUGUGGAGAAAGGGGGACGGAGUCAGGGAAAAUCUUUCUUUAAAAGCGAACGUGUGUUUCCCUUAAAAACUUAUAGAGUUUUCUUUAGCUCAUUAACGACACACCGAGUCGACGAGACGGUCUGAGUUAUGAAAUGGAGCUUGACAUUCGACAGAGAGGAGGAAUGAUCAUCCACGAAAUCGUCAUGCACCUCACAUAUGGAAAGGGAGAACUGUAAGUGGAACAGGAGGCCAAACCGGAAACGGCAAAUGGUGGGCUAAAAAACAAAAGAACUUUCAUCCGUUUUUAACCGUUUCCCAGAGCCGAAACGCCAUCACGUAUGGUUCCACUCUCAUCGAGCAAUGCAAUAAUAUUCCAGCGGAGUGAGUGGUGUGGCGGCAACACUCUUCAAUCGAUUCUUCAAGCUCCACUCGUUCGAACGAUGCGAUUAUCGAGACGUGGCGGCAACGUGCGUCUUCCUGGCCGGCAAGAACGAGGAUUCGCCAAAGAAAUUGAAGUACAUUGUGAAUCAAUUGUGGCAAGUGAAGUUCCCUCACCACACGCAUUUUCCAUCGGAACAACACUUCAAUGAUCUGUGUGAAGUCGUCACUUUUCUUGAAGAGAUCGUUCUCAAAACAAUAUGUAAGUUCAGGUUUUCCAAUCUGCUAACAGCUGUGUAUAGUGUUUACAUUUUCAGCGUUCGAUAUCAACAUUGAUCUCCCGAAUGAGUGUGUUCUCAAAGUGAUGUCACUAAUCGACAAAGACUCCAAAACGUAUACGCCUGUAUUGAAUACCGCCUACUACAUGGUCACGGACUUGCUGAACGUCACGGACUGGAGCAUCCGAUACUCGUGUGCUUCUAUCGCAACGGCAUGCGUCAACAUUGCCGCGUUCUUCCACAACGUGAACAUUGAUUCGAUCUGCCCGCCAGAAUACAAAAACACGUGGUACCGAUUCCAGGACGACCGGCUUACUAGAAGUGAGCUGGAAUCAAUGACUCGUGAAUUCAUCGAUCUUUACUCGCGUAACCCCCACCUACAUAUUGGAACUUUGAAGAAUAUCGACCCGAACGGAAAGGUGAAAAUCGUCACUCAACAGCAGAACCACGUCUCGUCCUUUUCGUCGUCGACAAACACGAAGAAGCUUGACAUGGAGACGUAUAAGGAACGUCAAAAACGAGCCACCGUCACUUCAACGGAGUCGCCGCGACAGAGCUUCCUGGCGGCCAUUAAGAAUCAGAGACUUCAGAUACAGAAGACGAUGGAAACUACUCAUGAUGCAGAUGGCAAAAAACUGAAUUCUCAGAGACGACAUCGAUCAAGUCCGUCGCCCAGCCACUCUCGCCGGAAUUACCGCCACCAUCACAACCAUCACUCGCAUCAUCAGCAGCAUCAGAAGAAGGAGGCUUCGCGCAAAGCUGUUAAGCCGCGAAAGGAAAGAAACACAGUUCGUAACGAGUAAGUUGUCCUUUUACGACUUCACAGUUUGACGCAAUCCUUUGUUACCUGCAGAGCGAAAAAGCCCCGGUUGGACUACCAGGUAAGGUUCGCUACCGUCGAAUCAUUCAUGACCACCGAGAGAAAAAAAGGUCGUUACCAUGAUCACAGGCAGCAGCAACUGGAUGUCUACCAACAGAGGGGAAUGGAUCUUGAGGAAAAGAAGUAA